CAUGUGGCUCACUAGAGAAUGAAGAAGCAAAACGUCCGGACUAUAUCGUUGAUCGUCUGCACGUUUACCUACCUACUCAUUGGCGCGGCAAUCUUCGACGUCCUCGAGUCCGGGACUGAGAAAAAACGCAAGGAGGCUCUUGACGCCAUCGAAAGAAUGAUCAAGCGCAAGUACAAUAUAACCGAUGACGAUUACAAAAUCCUGGAAACGGUCGUGCUGAAGACGGAACCUCACAAGGCCGGCCAGCAGUGGAAAUUCGCCGGGGCGUUCUACUACGCCAUCACCGUGCUCACGACCAUUGGGUACGGGCACUCGACGCCGAACACGAUAGGCGGCAAGCUCUUCACGAUGUUCUACGCGAUAAUCGGCAUACCACUGGGCCUCGUCAUGUUCCAGAGCAUAGGAGAACGGCUCAACAAAUUCUCCUCGGUCGUCAUACGAAACGUCAAGCGGCUACUCAACUGCAAAAACAUCGACGCCUCGGAAAUAAACCUGAUCUGCGUGGUGACGACCCUGUCGAUCCUGACGAUAGCCGGGGGCGCGGCGGCCUUCUCCCGCUACGAGGGCUGGACGUACUUUGACUCGGUGUACUACUGCUUCAUAACCCUGACGACUAUCGGCUUCGGGGACAUGGUCGCCUUGCAAAAGGACAACGCCCUCGACGACAAGCCCGAGUACGUCAUGUUCGCCCUGAUCUUCAUACUCUUCGGGCUGGCGAUAGUCGCAGCCUCGCUCAAUCUCCUCGUCCUCAGAUUCGUCACCAUGAACACGGAGGACGAGAGGCGGGACGAGGCCGAAGCUCUCCAGGCGGCGCAGGGGGCGGUGCGGCUGGAGGGCGACGUGAUAACGGCCAACGGGUCGAUAUUGUCGGGCCAAGUGGGCAUGCAGGGCGACACGGUCUCGCUGGACGACGACGUGUCGGUGUGCAGUUGUCGUUGCACCGGUUUCUACAAGAAGCACCGCAGGCCGCGGUUCACGGUGCGCCGCUCCCCCGGCAAGAUAUCCCACUUGCUGCCCAUGCAGCCCCUCCACCCGAGCAGCUCGAUCGACGACGAGACCAUCACCCCCGACUACGAGGACGACGACGACGGCGACGACAAUUACCACCACCACCAACAACAACAACAACAUUUGCAGCAGCAACAGCACCAUCCGCACUAUCACCAACACCAGCCGAUGGACACCGGGUUGUUGCACCACCAGCAGCGCUCGCACCACGAGUUGGUCACAGCCGCGGUGGCGGCGGAGCUGCUCGAGCACGAGUUCGCGGUGCGGCAGCCCUCGCUCGCGCCGCUGCUGCAGCUGACCCCGAUCUACCAGAGCAGGGCCAGCAUCUGAUCGGUAUAGGCCGGGAUCGACGACGAACACCCCGGGAUGGACCUGUUGACGCCGCUCGGACGACCAUGGGCUCUUUAGCCCCCUCGAUUGUCUUGCCGGGAUAAUCGUUACUAUAUCAUUGAUAACGAUAAUGAUGAUUGUAACAAUACCAAACGAGCAGCCCAGGGAAGGGGAAAAGAGAGAUCUGACACCGUUAACAUUAGUAUUCAAACGCGGAGUGGUCUUUGCUUGCUGGCUUGCGCUUAUCUGAGGAUGACUUUAAACGUUGUGUAGAUUAUUUUGUUAUUUCAUUUUCGGAUCAUUUCUUUACUCGCGUGUAAGUACAAUGGAAAAGUAAAACUUCAUUUAUGGGAAUAAAAUGUUCCGGUAUUUCGAUUUUUAUGAGUGCAUUUUAUAAACAAAACGUUAAGUACAGUAAAACGCCGAAUUGUCGGCGCAAAUGAAUGAUUAUACAAAAUAAGUAUUAUAACUUUGAUGAUUGUGAGCAAAAAAUGAAAAUCUCUCUUUUUUCCUCUUCCUCGUAAAGAAGACGGUAGAAAGCGAAACGAGAAACGAUUUUUUUUUUUAAUCGAUCGAUAAUUAGUUAAAGAUAUAAGGGAGUAGCUAGGCAAACGGAAGUAACAAUUAUACUGAGAAAUUACUAUAUAGUUGUAUUAUCAAACGAAAUGAUCGCGUAAGCGAGUCGAUAUCGAGACUAAGGAUAAUUAAAGUUGUAGCUAUAGUGACAAGUCGAGAGGUGUGUGCACAGCGGCGAAUACAAAGGAUGGACAUGUAUAAGUUUGCCAAAAAGAAAAAAAAAUAACAAUAAUAAUAAUAAUAAUAAUAAUGAUAAAUAAAUAAAACUUAUUUGUCGACUCCUUGCGAAUCUCACUACAUGGUGACGUGCACACGUUGAAUUAAAACGAAUAAUAUAAGACACACAACGAUCGAAGCGACUUUUUUUCUGUAUAGUAAAUUAAAAUAGAUUCCCCUGUGGUGCCUCACCAAAGUUCAUAAAAACUAUAGCUAUGUAUACAUAUUUACAUACAUAAAAUAAUGAUAGAGAGAUCCUAGGCUUUUCUUUCAUCAUUUUUUUCUUUCUUCUUUCGAUAAUGAAGAAACAAACAAAUACAAUAUGCAAUUAAUGCGCUAAGCGGGUGAUUGAAGAAACGCAAUGAACAUUGUCGCCAGAACAAUGCAAGGGAUGACCAAGCCACGAGUGAAAAAUCAGUAUAGUCAAACAUAUGUUGCUUACGUUAUACUUUUAGACACGAGUGUGAGAAGUUCGCUACGCUUCGUUGAUGGAUUUUAGGGCGUUUAUUUUAAACAAUUUUUCCAACUGCCAUAAAUUUAACGAAGGUACGGAAGUAAAAGACAAACUGGCUUGAAGAAAAAUUUUAUUUCUCGUCUUCGAUAAAUUUAAACAUGCUUUUGUAAAACAGCUUGGAAUCUUCAUUCCUAACGCUAAAUUUCUCAGGAUACCCCCAAAAAUUUCCAAUCCAAUGCUAUGCGAGUGUAAAAUCUCCAAAUGCAGGAAGGUCAUCUGAUUGGUACGGCUUCAUCAACGGGAAUUCCAAGUUACUUAAAACCUAGUCUGUAGGCACCAGAAGCUGAACUUCGCACACUGAGUGUACUAAAGCAUAUUUUCGAUCGAUCGAUCGUUUCGGCCGAAAACCGAACGAGCUUGUGUAAAACAUUAUGCAUCGAUGAAAAAAAUAAAAAUAAUUAUAUAAUUACGUGGGAAUGUUAAAAGAGAAUCGAAAGAAUAAGAACACGGGAUGCCGGAACGAGUGUAUGAAUGAGAG